AUGGAUUUAUUUCUGGACAAAAGUUGGGUGAAACUAAAUAGAGCUCGGGAAGAGUAUAGGAAUGCUUUAGUAACUUUUUUGGAUCAUGCAUUUGCUACUUCUGCUGUAGAGAACAAGAUUGCUUGUCCAUGUGGAAAUUGUGCUAAUCGCUUUUAUCAUGAAAGAGAAUUAGUUAUGAAACACAUGAUCAUGAAAGGGAUGGAUAUUGAUUAUCAGAAGUGUAUUUGGGUAUUUCAUGGAGAACCUAGGGUCUGUGAUGGUGAUAGGUUUUUACACAACAACUCAACUGAUGUGACAAAUAAUGCAUGUGACAAUGAUAUUCUUAGAAUGGUGGAAGAUGCUUUUGAAUUUCGUGAACCAUCAAGUAGCACUACACCAAGUAUGAAUGAUGAAGAAAAAACAUUUUUUGAGUUAAUUGAUGAUGCUAAGCAACCUUUAUACCCUGGUUGUGAAGAAUUUUCCAAGCUUUCCUUCAUUGUUGAAAUGUAUCAUUUGAAAUGUUUGUAUGAAGUAUCUAAUGUGGGUUUUGAUGCAUUUGUAAAAUUAUUUAAAAGAGCUCUUCCUAAAGAUUCCACAUUGCCGAAUUCUUUCAAUCAGAUACAAACUAUCAUUAAGAAACUUGGUCUAGAUUAUAAAAAGAUUGACGUGUGUCCAAAUGAUUGUGUUCUUUUUUGGAAAGAAAAAAUUGUUUUAGAUAAGUGUCUUGUUUGUGAUGAAUUGCGAUGGAAGACAACUGAUGAUGGUUCAAUAAUUAAAUUAGCUAGUGGUCAAAAGGUGCCAAAAAAGGUGUUGCGUCAUUUCCCUUUGAUACCCAGGUAUCCUACUUUUUCUAGUGAUGCACGUAAUGUCAGGCUUGGUUUGAGUAGUGAUGGAUUUAAUCCAUUUGGAAUGAUGAGUAGUCAAUAUAACAUAUGGCCAGUUGUUUUGAUGGCUUACAAUUUACCCCCUUGGUUAUGUAUGAAGCAAUCUUAUUUCAUGCUUUCAUUAAUUAUACCUGGACCAAAAGGCCCUAGUAAUGAUAUUGACGUGUUCUUAGAACCUUUAAUUGAUGAGUUACAAUUAUUAUGGGAGGUUGGCGUAGAUACUUUUGAUGCUUCAAAAGGUGAAACCUUUAGAUUAUAUGGAGCACUACUUUGGACAAUAAAUGACUUUCCUGCAUACGACAAUCUAUCUGGUUGGAAAAUUAAAGGAAAAUGUGCAUGCCCUUAA